AUGACAUCUAUUGGAAGAGGAAGGGGUUGGGGUAAAAAUCCUCAAGGUAAUGAACGUCGACCUGGACAACAAUUGGAGCCUCCACAAGUUCCCAAUGCUGUUGAAAAUGAUGUCGACGAUGAUGCUAACAAUGAAUGGAUAGAACGUAUCAAUAAGCUGGAUAUUACCGAUGUUGAAGCUAUUAAGAGUCCCCAAAAUUCGAUUGCUAACUUAAUCAAUUCAAGCCCCCUGCCAGAAGAUUUACAGAAUUUAGAAAAAGCUACUAAAAAAGCUAUAAGAGAUCGAGCUUUUGCUUUGAAAAUGGUAUUAGCAUUUACAAAUAGCACUAAUAUUACUGCGCCGUUUUUAGGAUCCCUUCAACCUUAUUAUGAAAAUCGUGUGGAAUUGUUUAAGAAAAACCGUGAACAUUUCUUAAAUUUAGUAUUUAUCCUCGGAGAAGCAUAUUGUCGAAUAAGAUAUACCAUCAGUAAAAAUGUACCACCUAAAGUAUUAGAAGUACCUCUAGUAGUAUGUUUGAAAAUGCUGUUAGAAAUAGCUGGUGAAGAAGAAAUCGAGUUAGUAGUGAUUCAGAUUUCAUUGAAUGGACCGAUGCUCCAAUCUAGAGAAGUGAAGGAACUAAAAGAUCUAUUUAUUUAUGCUCGAGAAGUUUUGAUAACACGGAACAUAAGUCCACGAUCAAAGGCUUUGUUAUUAUUACUCAUUGAACUUUACGAAGCAAACUUUAAAUUCAUGACGGGGCAUGUAGAAAAGUUCUACAUUGAAAAAUUGGGUCAACAAUUCAUAUUCAAGAUACAACAAAAUAUAAUGGGCCGUUAUGAUUCAGGCGACAACGAUAAAACACAUAAAAAUGACGACAUUCCUGGUAUAAUGUCGGCAGUAGCUGGAAGUCCGUGGCCACAGUCAAAGCAACCUAUAAAAUUAUCACAGGAUCCGCAAGAAUUGAAUACUUAUAAUUAUAAGCCUCGCGAUAAUAAUAGCGGAGGUGGAGGCGGUCUGUCAUUAAACUCAGGACCACGGGCUAUUCGUGGCUCUCGUGCAGCCGUUGAUUCAACAUUAUCAUAA